UUGCCCCGCUCCGGGUAUGUGAACAACCACCCCCUGCCCCCCCCCGCCUCCCCUUCCAUCCACCCCCAGCGCCAUGCCGGCAGCCUGCACCCUGCUGCUGCUGCUGGGCUUGGGGCUGGUCCCGGUCCCGCCGGCCGGGUCGCUGCCCCUCGCUUCCCCACGGCGUCUGCCUCCACCUCCCCCUCCUCCUCCUCCGUCCCGAAACCGUCUCGGCCGUCCUUCCUCGCUUCCCGCCGCGGGACACGCCGGCAGCCCGGUCAUUGAAAGCAGCCAUCAGGAGAGAAGUUCAAGCUCAGAGACAAGGACUCCUGGUGCUCCUGUGGAGCUGGUGACGAUGCUGGCUGGGAGCAGGGAGUGGGCAUCCCUGCCUGCCAGGCAUGGGGCAGUGCCAGCAGCAAGCAGGGUCACAGAGCACACUGUCCCCCCUGCCAGAGAUGGGGAUGUCACCCCUGCAGGAGCAGGAUCCCCAGAGAGUCCAUCUGCUGGGGCAGUGAGCCGCCUGCUCACCCACAGCCAUCCUCCUGACCCUGGAAACCAUCACCAUGCUGCAGGCAGCCAGGGGAGAGGCAAGAGGACUCUGGCUCCUCCCAGCACCCCUGCAGCUGCUGAAGGGACAGCACCAGGUUCGGAAGCCGCCAGCACCGAUUCGGCUGAGGGGACGCAGGGGGGGCACCACGGGGUCUGGAACGUGUCAGAGUUUAACAACACCGUGAGGACAGUGCUGCUAGCUUCAUCUUCAGAAUCUUAUCAACCAGGCACUGACAGCCUCUCCCAAGCAGUGAGCAGCUGGGUGGGCACAGAGCUGGGCAGCAGCCCUGCCGUGGGCACUGCAGCUGCUUCACCCAGCCCCUCGGGGAGCAGCCCCAGCCCUGCCCUCCCUGGCUCCCUGCGACAGCCCCAGGCCUCCUCCCAAGCUUCAAGCACACAGACUGGAGCAGAGCACAUCAUGCUGCACCCCAGGGGUGUCACAGGGAACUCCACCAGCCCUUUGCUGACAGCAUCACCUCCCAUGGACAACACUUCCACAGCUGUUGGAAUCGGCUACCAGCCAUCCAACAACUCGCCUACGGAGAGGUUUGGUUUGGAUUUCCCCGCCAGCAGCGCCUUCAAUUCCACAACAGCCACCAAGGGUGCAGGGAGGACAUUGAGGUCUCUGCCAGCCAGCACCAGGCUGGUCACCAUGGCAGAGGUUUCCACCUUUGGGACUAAAACCACCAGCUCCUCAGCCCAGAGCCAGACCUCCGGGAUGUCUGUGGGUGCCCAGGGUGAUGGAGGCAGAGGUGUCACAGACCCGUUGCUCACAGGUUUCCCGUCUGCUUCAGAAAGUUCUUCCUCAACUUUUAGCAGCAAUUAUGAACCCCCCAAGAGCAUCCCAGGUGCAGAGGAGGCAACGCAGCGCUUGGAUGUCCAAGGUACUGACUUGCCCACCAUGGCAGUGGGGACACUGAUGUCACCAGAAAACGGCCACACAGCUGGGGUGACAAGGGACUCUGCCACCAGCAUCAACCCCACAAGUUCUUUGGGCGGAACCUCCUCUUCCUUGAGGAUGGGGACACAUCAUCCCAACAGCUCAUGGGAAGCCACUGAUCUCCCAGGCCCUCCUGGGGGUCCUUUGCUCACAAGCUCCGUCUCUGCCUCUGAAGGUCCUUUCCGAGGUGUCAGAAGCAGCCACAGACCAGUGGCAGAGAGAACGUCCCUCACCUCCUCUGCCACCAACACUCCCAUUUCAGCCACGUCCAGCGGUGGUGGGAGGCCACCCAGGUCUGCCUCGGGCAGCAGCCCCUGGACAGCAGCCAAGGGCUCCACGUCCAGUGGUACCACGUACAGGACCUCGGACACAACCCAGUCCUUGUCCACGUCUUCUGUGGGAGACACCUCCAGAGCUCAGGGCUCCACAGGAAUGACAGAUUUCACCAAGGUGGCAGACUCUUCCCGAACACGCUCUCCCUCUCCUUCAGAAGGUCCUUCCUCUGCAACUGGAAGCAGCCACGUGUCAUUCAGCAUCCUGUCAACAGAGAGAAGAACCAAUUUCCCCACCAGCAGCACCUCAGUUUCCUCAACAGGCACCAAGGGUGGAGGGAGGACAUUAAGGUCUCUGCCAGCCAGCACCAUGCUGGCCCAAACAACAGAGAUUUCCACCACUGGUACUGGAAACAGCAGCUCUCCAGGCCAUUCCCAGUCUUCUUUGGGAACCCAGGGUGGCGGUGGCAGAGGUGGCACCCUGUCAUCCAUGAACCCACUGCUCACAGACUCACCAUCUGCUUCAGAAAGCACUUCCCCAGCAGGCAAGACCUCAGCAACGGGAGGACGCUUGCCUGUCACCAGCACACCCAAUGUGGUGACAGCUCCUGCCAGUGAGGAGAGCAGCACAGUGCCCGUGUUGGACACCCGUGGAGCUUCCAGUGCCACAGGGAGCUCCUCUCCCUCUCUCCCCCACACCAGCACCCUGGACACGGUCCUGCUGUCCUCGUCGGCAACAGAGCUUGGCAAGAAGAGUAAUGUUUCACAGAGCGGUGCUGGACUCAGUGAGCUUCCAACAAAGCUGCUGCCUGCGUUUUCUCCCAGCGUUUCAGUGCCUUCACCUUCAGCCACACUCUUCGUCCACAAGGAAGGGACAGCUCAAGCCCCAGGGAGCCGCAGCACGUGGAGCACAAAAGCAGAAGGGCUCACAUCUCAGCGGGACACAGCUGGGGCCACCCGCACCAGCCCUGUCCCGUCCUCCACGGCAUGGCCUGCAGUGAGACAUGUGUCAUCUGGCCAAGCAGGGUCCCCAGAGCCCAAGGUCACCCAUUCAUCCAGGGUCUUCACCUACUUCUCAGCUGCUGCUGAACCCUCCACUAUUGGCAGCAGCCAUCACUCCCUAAGCAGCUCAAGCACUGAGAGGAUGUCCAGCCCCGUCACUGAUCCCGUGUACGGUUCAUCCACGUCUGGGGGUGCUGAGGAGAGGAUGCUGCCCUCAGUGACAGAUGGCACACUGGCUGGUGGCAUGGAGAGCUCUUCUUUCCAUGCUGAAGCUUCCAGCUCUCCAGGGUCCUCUGAGCCAGCACUGAUGGAGCAGGGCAGGACAACCAAUGCCUCCACCAGCAGCGGGGCUUUCACGGGCUUUGUGACGGAGACGGUGUUUGUACGUUCUGCCAAGACACCCACUUACUCUUCUUUCCAAAACAAUCUCACAAACUUUUCAGGCAGCCAUCAGCCAGUCAGUAGCAUCGAUGCUGAGAAAAGGACCUCGGUUUCUCACACAGACGGCACAUACAUUUCAACCACAUAUACCAGAGGAGGAGAAAGGACCCUCCUGUCUAUCUCAAACAGCAGCACUUCUGCUGACUCCUCAGAAAGCUCCACCUUUUUUUCUGAAAUUUCCAGCCCUUUUGAUGCCUCACAAUCAUCUGUGGCUCAUGACAGGCAGACCAACGCAUCAGACAGCAGCAGUUUUGUUGAACCAUCUACGGAGCCAUUGCUGGUGCACCCUUCCAAACCGUCGACGUCUGCUUCUACAGGCAGCAUAGAAAAUACAACUCUAUUCAACACUGACUCUGAGCUGUUGACCACUGACAGAUCAUCUCUGUCUUCAUCAGCAUUUCCAGCCUCUUCCUCAUUGUCAUCACUGCAGCACUCGCUGUCAUCAACACCACCACCAACUCAUCUGUUUACGCUGUCAGAAUCACCUGAGCCACGCUCGCACUCUGUGAUGGCAUCUUCAUCCCCUCCGCAGGCUUUGUCAUCCUCCGUGCCCACUUCCUCCUUGCCCUCCCCAUCCUAUUCAUUAGCAUCUUUACUGUCUGCAUUUUCAUCACCCUCAUCCACCUCGCAGUCCAGUGAGAGUGAUCAUGGAAGCACCACUGUGGCUACAAGUGUGGUCAGGCAGGUGCCCUCCACAGCUGCCACGGCCAGGAGCUCACCCAGAGAGACCACCAAGCCCAGUGUCACCCACCAGCCGCAAAAGAGCACCACCUCCCCUCCCACCGGGUCACCUCUCCCUACGGCACCCAUGGAGCUGCUUGGUGGACGUGUUGUGUCUGUGUCCGCUCCCGUGACAGUAACAGAGACUGCCUCUCCUGGAGAUGCCACCACACAAGGGGACAGCUUUGGGAAGGGAACACCCCUCCUCACCACAGCCAGUGUUGCUCCACAGCCUGGUCCAACAGAUGCACCCCUUAGUCCCUCACCAAGUGCAACAAACCCCAGCAGCGUUGUCCCCGCAGUGGCAGUGACCACGGUGAAACCUCCCAUGCUGACCACGCCGCCCGGCCGCCGGCCCACCCCAGGUGAGGCCAGCACCAUGAAAGACCACAGGUCACAGACACCCACUGCCACCAAGCACAGUUAUACCACUGGUAAAAGCACAGAAGCCAUGGAUGCCACCACUGCAAAGCCUGGUAAAGCUACUGAGGAGAACCUCCAUGUUACAAGUCCUUCUGAAGCCCCUCCAACCAUCAAGACCACUGUGAGCAUUACAACUACUUUGGCUGCUACCAAACCAACCACUGCUCCUCCGUCGAGCAGCACGGUCGGGCUGAGGACAUCACCUCCAGCAACAGAGGUGGAUAAAUGUCUUUCCAACCCUUGUCCUGCGCUGGCCACCUGCAACAACACCCAUGGCUCCUAUAUCUGUCAGUGUCCUCUUGGAUAUGAGCUGGAAAAAGGAAAGUGCAAUUUAGUGAGAAUAUUUAUUGGCCAGGUUCCCCUGAAGCUUAAUAUCACCCAUGGGAAGUAUGCAGAGCUCUUCCACGUUGAGAGGGAGAUCCUGGAGAUGCUCAAUGCAUCACUGUCAGGCUUGCCAGGAUACCACCACUCCACAGUUAAGGCAAGCAGGGAGGCAAAUUUUGUGCAUGUUUCAGUGCAAUCCACGUUCUCUUUAGCAUCCAACGUGACUUUCUUCGAUGUCAUCAGCAGUGUGAAAAGCUACAUUCGAGCUUGCAAAUCCCCCACUGAAGCCUGCCAGUUCAUCUCCAGCCUGAAAUCACUCCACAGAGCUGGCAGCUUGUGCAGACAGAAAGACCCUGAAUGUGACAAGGAAACUUCAGAGUGCACCGACUUUGAUGGAGUUGCUCUCUGCCAGUGCAAAAGUGGGUACUUCAAAUACAACAAGAUGGACCACUCCUGCAGAGCCUGCGAAGAUGGAUAUAAGCUGGAAAACGAGACCUGUGUGAGCUGCCCCUUCGGCUUGGGUGGAUUCAACUGCGGAAACCCGUACCAGCUCAUCACGGUGGUGAUUGCAGCUGCAGGAGGGGGGCUGCUGCUGAUCAUGGGCGUGGCGCUGAUCGUCACCUGCUGCCGGAAGAAUAAAAAUGACAUAAGUAAACUGAUUUUCAAGAGUGGGGAUUUCCAGAUGUCACCUUAUGCUGAAUAUCCGAAGAAUCCCCGGGCACAGGAGUGGGGCAGAGAGACCAUCGAGAUGCAGGAGAAUGGAAGCACCAAGAACCUGUUGCAGAUGACAGAUGUGUAUUAUUCGCCAACCGGACUGAGAAAUCCUGAACUGGAAAGAAAUGGACUUUAUCCUCCCUACACUGGUUUGCCUGGAUCUCGACAUUCAUGCAUCUACCCUGGACAAUACAAUCCGUCCUUCAUUAGUGACGAAACCAGAAGAAGAGACUAUUUUUAGCAGAGAGUGCAGAGGGAGUGGAAGAUUGACACAGUUGUGUGGCCCUUAAUCCCCAGGUACAAUCUGUCUCCUGGGUAGUUCAGGCCACAUCAGUCUUACUCUUCCCAUUUAAUAGGAAGGACUUUGAACUUCAUGCUGAGCAUUGCUGCCCUGAGGGACAGUCACAGUUGCUGAGCAUCAGAGAGGAGGAGGAAGAGGAGGGAAUGGCUCAAGAAGCACACCACUAGAAGACCCAGAGGGAAGCUAACACAUGUACUCCUUAUUUGUUCUUCACUCUUCGCACUACAUGAGCAAGCGUGGAUCAGUACAGGCAGAUGAACUGUGCCCAGCAUUCUGCAUUGAAUACCACUAGGGAGUGUCUUGUUUACAGAUCUCGUUCACUGUUGACUGUGCUUGUCUUCCAAGCCAGCCUUCAUGCAAAGAUACACUGUGCAACUGCUUUUGGUCAGGCAAGUUUGUCCACUCCCUUUCAGACCACUGCCUUGCUGUUGGCUUCGUGCAUGACAGGGAAGGUGGCUUGUCUUCUGGCCCUCACCUUCUUACUGGUAAAAGUUCCCCAGAUUUCUGGGUCCUUCCCAAAGCCCAGUGUCUGGCAAUAUUGUCUGAAUUCAUGGGUUGAUUGUCUCCAAGAAGUACAGGAAGGUUAGUCACACCACUGCAAUUUUAGUGGAAAAAGGCACAGCUGUUACCCUGUGCUGCUUUGAAAUCCUUCUCUAUAUAGGCAAUGGUGUUGUUUUGUCAGCCAGUGUUGUUCAGAAGUGAUGCCACUAGACACCAUCAUGGUGCUUCCAUAUGGGAUCCUCUGGGGCUCUGUUUCCCUGCAAGGAUUUAAAUGCCUGUAGACAUAGCAAUAUAUUAAAUAAUUACUCACAGGGAAGAAGAAGAUGAGCUGUGAAUUCAGAAUGCCUUUUAGGAGGAAUCUGUGAAGGAGUAAUAAUGCUGUAGCCUUGGCUGGGCAGAGGAACCUGAAUUCUGGGCACUGAAGGUGGGAUAUAUUUUCAAACCUCCACAGUCCACCUUGAAUUUGUAGGAGCUGUGGAGGCUUUCAGUGCAUUGGAAAAGAGGGCGUACUGCAGUCAGUUGCAUUUAAGGAAGAGAAAAACAUGAUGCUUGCAAUCCUAACAUAGCAAAGAUCACUUAUGUUGAAGUGUUUUUCUUUCUUCCAUCCUAGUUUCAAGUGAUUCAGACCAGGCAAGUUUCCUCACCCAGAUGUGCUCAUUUAUAUUAGCAGAAGCUGAAGAAUGUAAGUUAUUGCAUUUCUCAUCAAAGAUCGGAUUGAAACUCAUGGACUGUAUUCUGACCUAAAGUGAGUGUUGAAAGAGAUCUUAUUAGUCACAGAACCCUGGAGUGAACUGGGUUGACAGGGAUCUUACAGGUCAUCUUUUUCCAACUCCUCUGCCAUAAGCAGGGACACCUUCCACUAGACCAGGUUGCUCAAAACCCCAUCCAACCUGGCUUUGAACACUUGCAGGGAUUGGGUAGCUUCUCUGGGCAACGUUUCAGUGCCUCACCACUCUCAUAAUGAAGAAUUUCUUUCUUAUAACUAAUCUAAAUCUACCUUCUUUGCUUUAAAAUCACUUCCCCUUGUCCUGUCCCUACAUGCCCUUGUGAAAAGUCCCUCUCCAGCUUUCUUGUAGGUCUCUUUUAGUUACUAAAGGUGCUCUAAAGUCUCCCUGGAGCCUACUCUUCUCCAGGCUGAACAGCCCCAAAUUUCUCAGACUGUCUUCAUAGGAGGGUUGCUCCAGCCUCUGACCAUCUUUGUGGCCUCCUCUGGCCUCAUUUUUUCCUAUGGGACCACUGAACACAGCACUGCAGGUGGGGUCUCAGGAGAGCAGAGUAGAGGGGGACAAUCCCCUCCCUACCCUGGUUCUGGUGCCACCCAGGACACAACUGGCUUUCUGGGCUGUGAGAGCACAUUGCUGGGUCAUGUUGAACUUCUCAUCAACCAACCCAAGUCCUCAGGGCUACUUUCUAUUCUCCAACAGCCUGCUUGGGAUUGCCCUGACUCACAUGCAGGAAAUAUAAUUAAAUAUAAUGAAGCAUAUUUACCACUUAUCUUUACUGCAGUGUUAAUCUGAGUCAUCCACACCCCGUUUAGAUACAAGGUCCAGAUGGAGUUUCUCCUCUUGCAUGUGAAUGGGCUUUUAAUCCAAGGUGGCUGCUUGUAUGAGGAUAACAAAUAGCACAGUUCCUUAAUCACUAACCCACCAUAUCUGUAGUGUGUACAUAAGCUGAUAUUCCCUUCUGCCCCACCAUGCUUUAAAAGACACAGUGCCUACCAGUAGGUAGCUCAGCUCACUGAAGCACUGAGGACCACGGGGUGCAUCCCCCAAAGUGCCUAUCCUCAAGUAAGGGCAGCAGUUUGGAUGUUCAUGUGUUGUGUGGCUGCUCACUGGAGGCAAACCUGGGGUGAUGAGGAGCCCUCCAUCAGGGAGCAGGUGCUGGUAUCCUGCAGAUGGGGUGAGUUCCCAGAUCCUUUCCCAGCCCUUGAAAGGCUGUUGUGUGCCCUAUCAAAGGUCAGUAAGAGGUAUCCAGAGGGGAGUCAGAAAGCAGCAGGUGAUUAUUAGCUGUGUUGGCUCAGAGGUUUCUGGUCCUUGCUCACAGUUGUUCCUGUUUUCUCAAAACUUCAAGACAGGAAAGGCACCUCAGAUGUGCUUGAGAAGGCACAGUUUGGUGCACCAGCCACAGCACACAAACACAGAGUCUUUUUUACACCUCAGCUCUUGUCUUCUAUGUAGAAGCAGCAGGGUGAGCUUGCAGAAAAACAGAGCUUUAUGGACACCUAGGACAGUAUCCUUUGCACUUAUGUGAACUUUUGGUGACAAUGCAUGCAACUUCAUGCCUGUCUGAUCCAUAACCAGCCUUGCAGCUGGUAGUACACAGCUGAUCUCAGCUGUAGGGGGAGAGAAAUGGAUGCUCACGGGAAGUACAACUCUCCUUUAAGGAACUGUAUUUAAAGAACUCUCUACUUACAGUGACCAAAAACUGUAACAGGUAAAGCACAGGAAUUAGCUGUUCCCUGCCAUGCUGAUCAGAGUUUUCAUCCAGGACAGAAAGGACUGCCUUUCCCCUGAUAUGCAGCAGAGUUAUGUCUUUGUUACAAAAGAAAAGAGGAAGAUGCAAUUCAUGCUAAAUAUAAUUCAAAGCCUAUAGACAAGCACUGGAUUUUGUCCCGUUUAAGUAAGGCAACUUGUGAUAAGGAGGUGUCCCAACAAUGAUGGGAAUCCCUUGAUGAAACCAUGUGCCAGCAUUUCCUUAGAUGGGGAAGCAUUUAGGCCCGUGCUUAUAGGCAAAGAUGUUUAACUGCUUGGUGAGUUCAGAGACUAGAGAUGAACUUCUGCAUGUCAAGUACAAAGCACAAAGUAUGACACACCAACCCACAAUUGCAGAUCAGUCCUUCUGCACAAAGAGUAUAUGAACAAAACUUCUGGUCUCUAUCUCCCAUCACAUUGCAAGGGAUGUGAGUGGAAUUGAGAUAGGACUGUUUCUAAUGAGAGCACACAAAAGUUUGCAAGUAAUUAAUUUUAAUAUCUUAACAGUCUUCAAAUUCUUCUUAAAUUGUAUCUGGAGAGAAAGAGUCUCAGUAAAUCCAGCAGGAUUUUCUGAGUGAGGACAGCAAAACUUGGGCUUUUCUGAAACAGAGAGUGUUAUUGCACUGAAAUUUUCUCUCUGCCAAUGGAGGUAAACAUUGGGGCGUUUCUUAUGAGGGUUUAUCCAUUGCAGCCUGAACUUCUAUUUAGCUUGAAAGGAGUAAGAAAGGAGUAGUAAGAAGGGAGUCAUGGAGCCAAUACAUAGUCUACAGGAGGAGGAGGAAAAGGGUCUCUCCUGACCUGCCACACCUUGUCUGGGUGUCUUAGGAGGCCCUGCCCAGCAGGCAAGAGAGGGGUUUAGGCAGAAGGAGUCAGCACCCAGAUGAGUGGAGGUGCUUUCCCCCAGAGUGUUCCAGGAAGCUUUUGUGAAGGUGACAGAGACAGCCUGGGAUGAUUCAGCUCCUGUGUCCCCACCAGCCCAGCUGCAACCUGUGCUGCAGUGCUUCUGCCUUCAGCCACGCACCACUCGCUCUCAGUUCCACUGGGACAGAAGGGCUGGGUGCAGUGCACUGUGUUGUGUCACAAUUUGUGAUGGUUAUUUUGCUGCAAGUGUUCACUGCCUCACCCCAGCAGUGCGGACUCGCCCAGCCACAGCAGGGAUGUGGCCUGUUUCAGUACAGAUUGUCUUUGUGUAAAGCUGUCACCAGGAUCCUCUCUGUGCCUGCCAUAAACAAAGCACCCUUUAGCAGUGGAGUGGGGCUUGUUACUCCUCUUGGGUAUAAAAAGGGUCUCUGUGUGCCCUCAAGCACACUUUCAAAAUGAUGCUUCUCUGUUCACAACCUAACUCUCUGUAGGAUGUCUAAAUACAUGCAGCUUAUUUCUCAUCUCUCUUUUAGAUUACUUCUAGCUACUCCAAAUUGAAAAUUUUGAGCACUCUGGAGGUUUUUGCCAAGGGGAAUCACUCUCCACUAUCUGAGAGGAUAAGAGGGAAGUGGCAUGAUUUUGGUAUGGAGAAUGCAAGUGGUUCAGCCAGCUGUGGGGAAAGGAAGAAAAACUACACCAACACUGCUCAUAAAUCUGCUAUUGCUCCUAGCUGCUGUGGAAAGUGAGGGGAACAGUCAGCAAGGAUCCAUGGGCAGUUGAGUGGGUGUAUUUUUAAUUAAAUUUGGAAAAAAAAUUGCUAAUUCUGUGGCUUGAUGGGAGAAGUUGUGAGAGGCAUGUGUUUGCUGCUAUGGUGCUCUGCCAAUUAUACUGACAAAACGCCUUACCCAGAAAAAUACCCCUGAUAGUCAGCAUAGGAGAGGCAGUUUCACUGAACUGAUCAGCAAAACACAGAUUUGAAGACUCUUUCAAAAGGCAUCUUGAACAUAGAGUCUUCCUGUGUCCUGCCCUGGCCAGUCCUUCCAGCUGCACUGGGAAAAUCAGGGUAGUUUCUUCAUACAGUUGAAACGUCACAGCACUGAAUUGGACUAUAAGUGGAAAAAGCAGGCCAGGUUGAUGCCCUUUCCCCCCCCAUUGGAAGCACUAGGUUUUAUAGCAGCAAUAAAUCUCAUUGCUCUUGUGGCAUUUCCCAUAAGACCCACUGGCACAGUCAUGUAGUGACUUACCUCUCGUGAGCAGUCUUAUAAAAGUUAUGUGCCUCCACGCUGGAGGGUAGUAAAAGGCUUUAAAAAUAGCAAUAAAUUACAGUUAGAGAGAGGUAUUUAUCAUUGUGAAAUUGUUUGUGCCAAUACUUGGUGCAGGUAUUUGCUGGGACCUGAGUGAGAACUGAGUGGGUUUGGACACUGCUGCAGAUACGCCAAGUUGCUUUCCCAGGACAUGGAAAGCAUUUCCCAGGACUCUGAUGGUCAAUGGCCAUAUCCAUUCCAAAUCCAGCUGGAAUUUUCAUUCCCUAACAGUAAUCUUUAGCUUUCUUCCUUAAAUUAACAAGAACGGAUGCAUUUUCAUUAAAUGCUCUUCCUAUGCUGACUAAUGUUUUUUCCUCUUUACACACAAAGGAUGUAAUCCAGCAUCCAUUACAGUGACUGGGGUAACUCUCCCAUGGACUGUAAAGAAAUUUUUUUUAGGCCUGAAUUGCUCCACCACCAGGUCACCUGCAUGUCAUACAUGCUUUCCCAUGACUCUGGGUGCCUAUUUCUGUGAUACUGUUCCUGCCUUUCCAUGUUGUACCUCUUUUUCUUUAAAGCAUUCUUAUAACUGUAGCAGGACCUGUUAUGUGAGAAUGAACAAAACAGCUUCAAGAUGAUAUGAAAAAGCUUCCUGGGAAGAGAAUGAAUGUGAAUUUUGGGCAUUUGUUUUACAGCCUGUUUCCUGUCAUGUGAUAUCUAGGGAUGUAGAGAUGCUUCCUGCUGUCACACAUAUCAGCUGCUCUGCAGAUCUUACCUGUGCCUUUAGAAAUUAAGCAAGAUCUCCUCAUUUCAGAAGGGGUAUGUCCUGUAGGCUUGUAAGAGUUUGGGACCUUUUCAAUAUACAUUUAAUUCUUCAUUCCCUUAAAGUGCUGCAAUUGAAAAGCAGGAGAGAAAAUCACAAAGGAGUAAGAACUACCAGAAUUUAAAAAACCCAAA